AUGUCGGCACAGGCUCAAAUGCGAGCGAUGCUGGACCAGCUCAUGGGAACCGGGAGAGACGGAGACACCAUGAGACAGAGGAUCAAAUUCUCAGAUGAGCGGGUGUGCAAAAGUCAUCUUUUGGAUUCCUGCCCUCAUGACAUUCUUUCUGGCACUAGAAUGGACCUGGGAGAGUGUGUAAAAGUCCAUGAUUUAGCCCUAAGGGCAGACUUCGAGAUUGCCUCCAAGGAACAGGAGUACUUCUUUGAGCUUGAUGCUGCGGAGCACCUUCAGUCUUUCAUUGCUGACUGUGAUCGCCGAACCGAGCUGGCUAAAAAGAGAUUAGCAGAGACGCAAGAGGAAAUCAGCGCUGAAGUCACAGCAAAGGCUGAACGUGUACACGAGCUGAAUGAGGAGAUUGGAAAGCUGCUCGCAAGUGCGGAGCAGCUCGGAGGUGAGGGCAAUGUAGACGAGGCCCAGAAGUUGCUGGAAAAGGUGGAGACGACCCGUACCAUGAAGGAAGAAGCAGAGGAUAUUUACAGAAACUCGAUGCCAGCUUCCAGUUUCCAGCAGCAAAAACUGCGUGUGUGCGAAGUGUGCUCUGCUUACUUGGGUCUCCAUGACAACGAUCGGCGUCUUGCUGACCACUUCGGGGGCAAACUUCACCUGGGGUUUAUUGAAAUUCGCGAGAAACUUGAAAAGCUGAGGAAAGCAGUUGUGGAGAAACAAGAAAAAUUGCGAACAAGACGCAGAGAGGAACGUGAACGAGAUGACGAACGGGAUAGGCAGUGGGAAUUGGAACGUGAAAGGGAGCGAGAACGGGAGCGAGAGAGAGAGUGGGAGCGAGAACGAGAGCGGGAACGCAGGAGGUCGCGAUCCAGAAGUGGAGACCGAUACAGGGAUGGAGGCAGUUCGUCUUCCCACCGUUCAAGACGCCACCGCUCAUCUCGUUCUAGAGAGGAGGGCGGGGACCGCGAUCGAGAACGAGAGAGGAGGCAUCGACACAAGGACAGACACCGCUCCCACUCUCACUCUCACAGGCACAAAAGAAAGAGAUCAUCGCACACCCGCGACUUGGAGCUCUCACUCCCCAAGGAACGGAGUCAGGAGCAAGCCUUGGAGGAAUGGGGUGACAGCAGGACGGAGUACAGAGACUGGGAGGACCGGGAGAGGUCCACCUCUCCAGACAUGGCUAGGGAGAGGGAACGGGAGCGAUCUUUGUCCUUAGAGAGGGACCGACAUUCCAGUUCUGAGGAGCGAGAGUCGGGAGAGAUUUGA